AUGGAACCAAUAUCACAAAAAUUAAAAUUCCAGGACAUUGAUAUAAAUCUCAUUCCCGCUGCCAAGUGGACAACAAAAUUACAGUAUAUUUUAUACACCUGGUGUCAGUCAGUACUACAUGUGGCCAUGUUUUUUUCUGAUAUAUAUACGUGUAUUAAAUUGCUGGCAUUUAACACAUGGUCGAAUAAUAUCAUCCAACCAUUUUUGGCAUUCCGUAUUUCUAAAUGGUUGUUUAGUGGAUGCAUAUUGUGUUCUUCAUUAAUAUUAAUUGUAGAAUUGAUAAUUGGUUUGAAAGUGUAUAAGAAGAAAGAGAUUACAUCAAACUAUAUGAAUGGUGUUAGCAGAUUAAUAAAUUGUUUGUUCAAUUUCAAAAAGUAUCAAAUUUUCGAAUUAAUAGUGCUGACAGAUGAGAAAAAAUUUAGUAAGUGGUUAUUCUUUUCAUAUUUUGAAAUCAGCGGAUGUUUGAGGCUAUUAUUUGGUGACUCUCCAAGACAAAUAAUCAACGGAUUAACUUUAUGGUCGGUUUUACUGACAGUUUCAAAUGAGACCAGUAGUGAAACUAACGGCACGCAAAACCUAGGUAAUUUGGAUGAUUUGAGUGGAAUAAUAAACAAGAUAAAACAUAUUGCUAAGACGAAUUAUGAAGAAAGUGUGAUUUUGUCCUUCAUGUUGUUCUCGUUUAUUAUAUGGGUAAUUUUAAUAAGCAAAUUAAUUCUAAGCAUAAUAAUAUUCAUCAUCUUUAUACAUCCAAGAUUUUUGUCUGAUAAAAGGAAGGAGAGAGGAUAUGAAUUAAAGCUAAGAAAGUAUGUUUCUAAAGUUAUUGACGAAAAUUUAAGUAGGACUGUCUAUGAAUUGGGAAUAUUGAGAGAUGCUGAGGAAGAAAGGACCAUAUAUGGCGACAACGAAACGAGAAAAAUUCUCGAUUAUGACGGUCCUGAUUAUGGUGAUGAAAGUACAAUACCAAGCUACUACUGUUACUCUGAUGGAGAAGCGUUCGAAAGAGUAUAUACACCGAUAAAAGCGUAUUUUCCUCAGAAAUACCAGUAUAAAUGUAUCUGA